CAAAGGAAUGAUGAAUUGUCCGUCUAGAGUUUUUUAUUCGUAUGGUCUGGGUGGUCACACAGCGUAUGUCUUAAUCACGGUGGAUUUCGUGUCAGUAACUCUCACUCCAGGGCUAAUAGAGAGAGUUUAGUUCGUGUGUUCUGUCUCUCCAGUGGGGAGGGGGCGGUAGUGCAGCUGUGAGAUCAUGAUCAGAAGAAGAAGAGGACGAUGACCAGCGCUUUCUCCUUCUUUAUUUUCUUCAUGUCCACUUGAGCUACGCCUAGCACUAUUUCACUUGAAGCGUGAACUUGAAGUUCAGAGAAGAAACAUUCAGACAUCACCUCAGACGAUAGUUUCACUAAGCAUGUUAAAUGCCACCUAUCCAUGAUGGCAGAAAAGAUCAGAGGUUUGAAUUUGGUGUUACUGGGAAGAUCAGGGAUUGGGAAAAGUGCUUCAGGAAACACAAUCCUGGGAAAAGAAGCUUUCAAAUCAAAGAAAAGCUCUUCUUCAGUCACACGAGACGUAGCUGUGGAAUCUGGGACGGUCUGUGGACGAUGGGUCACUGUUUAUGACACACCAGGAUUGUUUGGCACAGAGAGUGAUCAUGAGAUUCAGAGGAAAUUUCUAAAGACUUUUCAGGAAAGUGAAUCAGAUUCCUGUGUGUUUCUGCUAGUUAUCAAAGUCGACAGAUUCACAGGAAAAGAGAGAGAAGCUGUGGAAAAGAUUGAGAAGCUGCUGGGAGACGAGCGUCUGAAGAAAACCUGGAUUCUCUUCACCAGAGGAGACAAACUGGAGGAAGAAAACAUGACAAUAGAAGAAUAUAUGAAUCAGUCUGAGCCACUGAGGAAAGUCGUUCAGAAAUAUGAUCAGAGAUACCAUGUGUUCAACAACAAGACGAAACGACCAAGUGUACAAGCUAGACAGCUACUUGAAAAAUGUACCCAGAGCAUAAAAGACGCUCCUGCUGACCGUCUCUCAUCCCGACGGAUUGUUCUUCUGGGUAAAAGUGGAGUUGGGAAGAGUGCAGCUGGAAACACAAUCCUGGGACGGAGAGAGUUCAUAUCUGUACAGAGUAUGAGUUCAGUUAUCCGUGUAUGUUCAGAGGGUCACGCCACUGUUUCAGGCAGAUCUGUGUCUGUAGUAGAUACUCCUCCAUUCUUUGACACACAGAUGAGACCUGAAGAGUUAGUCACAGAGAUAGCCAGAAGUGUGUAUCUAUCCAGUCCUGGACCUCACGCUUUUCUCAUUGUGUUGAGAGUAAUAGACAGAUUCACUGAACAGGAGCAGAAGAUUCCUCAGAUGAUUGAGAUGAUGUUGGGACAGGAUGUGUUAAAGUACUCCAUCAUUCUCUUCACUCAUGGAGAUCUGCUGGAAGGACGGUCAGUAGUGGAUCUCGUUGAGGAGAACUGUAGAUUAAGAGAUCUAGUCGAUCGGUGUGGAGGCAGAUAUCAUAUCUUCAACAAUAGAAGUAUGAGUAACAGAGAGCAGGUGAAUGAUCUCCUGCAGAUGAUUGACUCAAUGAUAGCACGGAAUAGAGGACACUACAUUAACCAGAUGUACAAAGACGCUCAGAAAUUCAGACAAGAAGAAGAAAAGCAGAGACUGAGAUAUGAAGAGAAUAGAAGAAGAGAGGAGAAACAAAUACAUGAGAUGGAGAGAGUGAGAAAAGAGAUGGAAGAGAAAGUCAGAGCAGAGUAUGAAGCUAAUAGAUCUGAACAAGAAAGACUUAGAGCAGGGCGACAGAGAGAUGAGGAGAAGAGAAGAAGAGAAGAGAAACAAAUACAAGAGGAGAUGGAGAGGGUGAGAAAAGAGAUGGAGGAGAGAUUCAGAGCAGAGUAUGAAGCUGAGAGAUCUGAACAAGAAAGACUUCGAGCAGUGAGACAGAGAGAUGAAGAGAAGAGAAGAAAGGGGGAGAAACAAAAAGAGAACUGUGUCUGUAGUUGAUGAUACUCCUGGCUUCUUCAGCACUUCCAAUAAAAGCUGAUGGAUGAAUGACUGAAAGAAGAGACCGAAGAGGAAGCCAUAGCAGAGAACGACAGGAGCAGAGCUUUAUCUUUCACACUGGAGACAGAGAGAUGAAGAAUGAAGACCAGGAGAGAGAGAGAGAUGAACGGAGGAGCAGUAAGAGAGCUGCUCGUGUGUCAUGCAGCAGAACAGCUGGAAACGAACCGCUUCAUCCAGCGGAUGAGACACACGAGAUCAGAGGCAGUCCGGUAGAACUCAAGUGUGCAGAAGGUGAAAGGAAACAGAUCUCAAGCUGAAAAAAGAUGCAGGUUUUGCACUCUCAAUGCCUUAAUGAACCUCCGCUCAACCCAUGGGUGAUCCUCCGCUCCAGUGGCCAAGUAGAGCGUGCACACUGCACAUGCAUGGCUGGCAUAGCAGAGUCUUGCACAUAUGUUGGGGCUCUCCUUUUUAAAAUCAAAGUAUCAGUCCGGAUACGGGUGACCAAGACUGUCACUGAUGUUCCAGCCUACUGGAUGAUGCACGCUAAUGUUGAUAAGGUCCAAGCAGAGGUGGCAGUAACAGAGAUACAGGCAGCUGCAGUUGAAGCUCAGACGAGACUGCAACAUCCAUCAUCUGUCUGGUACACAUCAAGAGCAGGAAGAAUAACAGCUUCAAAUAUGCAUGCCGUUGAGUCCGCUAGUGUUGAGAAACCAGCCACAUCAACGGUGUCAACAGUGUGCUAAAAACAGCUAUCAGAUGGGGAUAGACAAUGAAGGAACAGCAAAGCCUAUGUCACACUGGCAGCACCUCAACACACAAGUUUAAAAGUGGAGCAAUGUGGAUUUAUCAUAAAUCCAUCAUUUCCUGAGGUUGGAGCAUCGCCUGAUGUAAUCAUUCACAGCACAUGUUGUGGGAAAGGCUGUCUGGAAAUAAAGUGCCUCACUGAAUGAAUAGUCACAGUUUUUCUGAUUUGCCCUGUAAUCGAAAUCUUAUAUACAAUAUUACAGUUAUUUAUUUACCUCAGCGCUGCUUGCAGAAACAGUUCUACUCCACCAUCACUGAAUCCAUCCUCUGCACUUCAGUAACUGUCUGGUUCAGCUCAGCUUCUAAAUCUGACCUCAGAAGACUACAGAG